AUGGCUCCAGUAGACACUUUAUCUUUCAAAUGCGCUCUUGUCACGGGUGGAGGAGGUGGUUUAGGUAAGGCCAUGGCCGCCGAUCUCAUCAAGAGAGGGAAGAAAGUAUUCAUCGCUGGACGAACGGAAGAAAGUCUGGUGAAAACAGCAAAAGAGAUAGACGCUACUGGAUAUUACGUUCUGGAUACAGGAGAUAUCCCUUCUAUAUCUUCCUUCGUUUCAAAGAUCAUCAGUGAACAUCCUGAUUUGGACUGCUUGAUCAAUAAUGCUGGUGUGCAACGACCUUUACAAGUUCUAGGACCGGAUUAUGAGUUCAGUCUUGAUUCAGCUGAUCAAGAGAUUGAUAUCAAUGUCAGAGGACCACUCCAUCUUUCAGUCAAGCUCAUACAAGAUCAUUUCAGUAAAUUACCGGAUGGCGCCGUCAUUAUGAACGUCUCCUCCGUUCUUGGUUUCGUCCCGUUCAGCGUCAUCAACCCGGUCUACAACGCUACGAAAGCAUGGGUACAUUUCUAUACGACCAAUCUCCGUCAACAACUGGCACGAGCAGACAGUAAGAUCAAGAUCGUGGAAGUAGUCCCUCCUCAAGUCGAAUCAGAUCUUCAUCGUGACAGAUCAGAUCCAGAUGAUAACAAGAAGAAAUCUGGCGCAUCAGCCCUAUCAAUAGAGGAGUUCAUGAACGAUGUCAGCAGAGGUUGGGAGGCCAAUGAAGAUACAGUCUCGGCUGGACCAGGAAUAGGUAUGACGAAAUUAUGGGAUGACGUUUUCGGCAGCAAAUUACAGGCUAUGGCUAAGUGA